AACACCACAUUCCAACACAGAUCCGUCGCCGCGAAGCCCUCUCUAGCGGCCUGGCCAUCAUCACGAGAUGGCUACCGAUCCGCGUCCUCGGCGCCGCGAGGACUUUCGUAUCGCCGUGCUAUGCGCGCUACAGCUCGAGUACAAUGCUGCCACGUUGGCAUUCGACGAAUUCUUUGACGAGGAGGGCGACAAGUUUGGGAGAGCGCGAGGAGACCCCAACACAUACACCACCGGCCGCAUCGGAAAGUACAACGUCGUCAUGGCUUUGCUUCCUAGCAUGGGAACAACUACUUCAGCAGCCGCCAUGGCCAGCUUUCGUUCGAGCUACACGGAGCUCAAGCUGGCCAUCUUGGUUGGCAUUUGCGGCGGCGUGCCCAACCCAGGAACCGAGAAGGAGAUCCUGCUCGGGGACGUCGUCGUCAGCAAGACGGUGGUUCAGUACGACUUUGGUCGCCAGCUCCCUCACCAGUUCAAACCAAAGGACACUCUCGACGAUAAUCUAGGUCGACCCAACAAAGACAUCCGCUCGCUUCUGAGCAAGCUCGAGACGGAACGGGCAUCCGAUUUCCUCCAGCGCCGCACAACCGAGAUCCUUACCCAGAUCCAACAGACAGCCGCACAGGCUGGCCGGAAACGGACUCGAUACCCUUACCCUGGAGCAGCUCAAGACAGACUCUUCAGUCCGGACUAUCUGCACAGACAUCAUGAUGACGCAGAAUGCGGCUGCGAAGAUUCCUGGGUUUGCGAUAUGGCCCCGGAUGCAUCAUGCAUCGAACUCGAAUGCGAUAUUGCCCAACUGGUGCCUAGGGAGCGGCUCGAGAUGAAGAAGCAGCACGAGCGCGAAGGCGACGCCGCAAUAGCCCAGGAACCAGACAUAUUCAUCGGCCGUGUCGGAUCAGGAAACACCGUCAUGAAAUCCGGCGCCCACCGCGACAGCAUUGCCCAGAAGCACGACCUCAUCGCCUUCGAGAUGGAGGCCGCCGGGGCCUGGGACGAGGUCCCGUGCGUCGUCGUCAAGGGAGUUUGUGACUACGCCGACAGCCACAAGAACAAGAAGUGGCAGACGUUUGCGGCUGCGACGGCAGCCUCCACGAUGAAGGCCCUUCUCGAACUUUACAUUCAAACUGAUUCGCCAGAGGGUCCUAAAAUAGAGUUCACGACCCAGCGGAACAAUGAGAUUCUGCGCUGGAUCUCCAAAGAGCCCUAUGAACAGCACCACACACAGACCAAGAGUGAGGUGUUGGAGGGCACAGGGCAAUGGCUUCUCGAGGACAAGGUCUUCCAGAAAUGGAAGAACGAAAACGUCUCAUCCAUUUUGUGGCUGCACGGCAUCCCAGGCUCUGGCAAGAGCAAGUUGACGUCUAUUGUUGUCGAGGACGCUCGACAAACUCCCCAAAAGGCUCUGGUGUACUUUUACUGUUCCCGCAAUCCUGCUGAGCUGGGUCGUGCAGACCCUGCCAGCAUAGCGGCUAGUCUUGCAAGACAGCUUGCGAGGCCUCAGCCGGGUGGAGAGAUCCUCGAAGCUGCGAUAAAGGCGUACAACAAAGUCGAAAACACGGCCUUCGCCUCCAACUCGCUCACCUUAGGCGAGAGUCAAGAUCUCAUUCAUAAGCUCCUUGAGAGCUACAGGGGCCAGACAGUUACACUUGUGAUCGACGCACUGGACGAAUGCAACGAGGCAACUCGAAGCAGUCUGUUGGAGUUGCUAGAGUCUCUUCUCAACGCGCCGGCGCUCCUGAAAAUCUUCGUUUCCAGCCGGGACGAUCAGGAUAUUGUCUGCAAUCUGAAACAGUACGAGAACUUGUUUCUCUCCUCUGAGCGUAACUCGGAAGACAUCGCCCUAUUCGUACGAUCCGAGACCAGACGGCUCAUCGAGAAGAAGUCUUUGCUACGGGGGAGCGCCAGGCAGGAGGAACUCCGCGACAAGAUCAUAUUUGAGCUAACCUCCAAAGCCCAUGGAAUGUUCCGCUGGGCUAGCCUACAUAUACAAGAGCUUUGUCGACAAGCCACCGACGCGGCCAUCGAAGAGAGGCUUGUCAAGAUGCCAAGAACGCUGGAAGGGCUAUACCGAGAGAUUUUGGAAAAGAUCGAAAACCGCGACGCCGUUGCUGACAGAAACCUGGCUAAAAUAGCCUUCAGCUGGCUGCUUUGUGCCCAGGCACAACUCGAAUCAGAUGUCUUCCUGGCCGUCGUUUCCGGGACGGAGAACAGAUCCGCUCCCGCCAUUUCGAGAGACCAGCUUUUGGAACUCUGCAACAAUCUAGUUCUUUUUGACGAGACUUUGAACGCUUUUCGGUUCUCUCACUUGUCAGUCAGAGAGUUCCUUGAAGUCCAAACCGCAUACCAGAUGGCAUCUGCACACGCACUUGCGGCCGAGCAAUGUCUUCUCAAUCUUGUCGACAUUCCAUCCAACGUUACGGCCUUGACACCACUUUUGGAGUACUCUUGCGUGAAUUGGGCGGAUCAUGCGCAGGCUGCUGCUCAUGAACGAAAAGCUCGACUCAACGGAGUUCUGAUCGACUUCUUUUCGGGAGAGCAAGAUCCAUGCUCGUCGUUCUAUCGCUGGCAUGAACUGGUCAAAAAAAAGGGUUGGUACCGAUGGAGUAACAGGUACCAUCCUAAAACGCAUAAAUUGAAUGCCAUUACGUCCUACACGCCAUCUGCGUUACUGGUUGUUUGUGCUUUCGACUUGUCCAGCAUCCUUAGCUCGGAAUGUUGGGAUAAGCUGGCCCGAACUCGGCCACGGAACUUGGGUGGGGCCACACAUGAGGAACUUGUCCUCUUUUACGGCAGCAUUCAGGUACUCCAAUGGCUUUUCGACAACGGUUUCCCCUUCAACGUAACCAAACAAGUCGUACAAGCGGCGGCUGCGAACGAAAACAAGGGCACAUGUACGCAAAUGAUGUCAUUGCUUCUCGACAAGCGCGGAGGUGAAGUUCGAAUGACAGAAGAUGUCAUCACAACUGCCGUUUCCAACGAACAAUGCGGCGACAUGAUCCUCGCGCUUCUUCUUGAAAAGCGUGGGUAUGAGUUCAGGAUUACCGACACAAUUGUCAGCGCUGCGGUCCGAAACGAAAUCAAGGGCGUGGAAAUCACCUCACUCCUUCUCAAGCACCGUGGAAACCAGGUCCACAUCACUGAAGACAUUGUUGUAGCUGCGCUCCAAAACGAGAAUUGUUGUUUGGGCGUGAUGACGCUGCUACUCGAAGAACGGGGCGACAAGAUCGGUAUUUCCGAAAAUAUCAUCCUAGCUGCAGCUCUCAACAUGACCGAAGAUGACCAAGAUGAUUAUUUCGGGAACUUCAAAGACGUCCUGGCCUUGCUUUUCGACAGACGGAGAGACCAGAUACACGUAACCGGAAACUUUAUCAUCAAUAUGGCAUUCACAAAUGUUUGCAGCACAGAGGUGAUGACACUACUUCUCAACGAGUGUGAAGACGAGAUGGGUUUCAUGACCGACUUAUUUGAGGUUGUCUUGACCAUGGAGUAUAAUCUUGACAACCGAAAUGAAAUAAUAGAGUUACUACUCGGCAGACUCGGGACAACGACUUAGAUUAACUACGGCAGUCCGCAGGAGCCACUCUGCUAAAACAGAAGUAAUACUGUGCCUACCCCUUCUGUUGCAGUUGCCUUUUUCUGUUUUAGUCUAUAUAAAAUUGUAGAUAUUACUAGCACCUUCUAUUUUAAUUAGCUGCUAAUAGGGUAGGCACUAAAAUAGACUAUAUGCACC